AUGAGGGCUAGAGAGACCAAACCCAGCAUUCUUAGGCUGAAGCACGCAGUAAGGAAGCUGCAGAGAGGUGUCCUCUCAUCCCUGCUAUCAAGAGGAGACAGCAGGAUUGGAGAUGUGAAGGAGGGUCAUUUUGCAGUGCUCACAACAGGCGAUGGGGAGCCAAGGAAGUUCUUUGUUGCAUUGAGUUUUCUUGCUAAUCCUGAGUUUGUGAAGCUGCUUGAAGAAGCCGAACGGGAGUUUGGGUUUGAUCAGCAGGGUGUUCUCACUGUACCUUGUCAACCAAGUGAGCUCCUCAGGAUCUUGUCGAUGAGACGUUUUCGUGAUGCAUGA